CUUUUAAUUGGAUAUGUUAUGAAGCUGAAUUUUUUUUAUUUCUGAGAUUUGUAGCAAGCAUGAACUUCGUAUAAGGAAUGAUAACACUAAUUUUUUUUAAGUUCAUGUCUUGCACAAGUUGCGUAUAUCGGCAACACUUGCUUGCAAAAGUAAUGGAGCUCUUCCGUCAAACUCCGCAAAAUAGUACUAAAAAUCAUUCCACCUCUGUGUUACGAUCUUAUCGAGAAAACAAAUUCACUCUGGACACUUACAAAUGACGUUAUCUUCCAGAUUCUUAAAACGGCAACUGACAUGUAGCAAAUGCAUUUUGUAUCAAAACAUAUACUCAUAACAUACAAAAAAGUAUGGAUCAAGGAGAGUCACAAUCUAUGUGUAAUACUGCGUAUCUUUUUGAUAGAUCAAUAAUAAACUGGUAAAGGCAUAUCUCAUUUACUUAUUAAAUUAACAACCGCAUCAAGACAAGACGUUGUUACCAGCUAGUUGGAAUACAUCAGACGGUUACCACAAGAAAUUAUGAACUGGAAAGGAAAGAAGUUUGGGAUGAAAUGCUCUUUAAAAAAAAAGAAUCAACUAUAAAUCAGGAACAUCUGUUUACCUAAAAGAGAGAACAAUUAAAGGCUUAAAAAAGCUUUUGUGUUCAAUCCUUCGUAAAAUUAGACAAAAUAAGAAAAACGCUCAAUCGAUUACGCUAAGCUCAAUUAAUGAAAAGCCGGUUUUUGUGUAAUACUACAAUGUAACCAUAGCCUGAU